AUGAGUUUGAGAGGAAUCUGGCAGCAGAAAUGGGAUUUCAAUUACGCAUCUGAGAGGUCUUGAAUCUCUCAUCUAACUUUGUCGGGCAGCUUCCGUCUUGACCUCACCCAUGCUCAAAUCAAACUUUGUUCUGGCUUUUAUAUUUUUCGACCUUCAUGGCACGACUCCAAAAGCUCACAAUUACUUGUUUGAACACCUCAUUGCAAGGUUUUCUUCUGAAAAAUUUUUUGUGAAAAAUCAAAACCAUUUUUUCUAUAAUUUUCUAUAACAAUUUGAAACUACGUAGGAGUUCCAUAGUGGUCCCCAUAGGGGUUAGGGGGGAAAACAGCCCCUAUAGGGACCGAAAAAGUGGUCCCUAUCGAGGUAAAAUUAAGGUGGUUCCUAUAGGGUUUAUGAUCUGACCCCAUAGCCCCUGAAGCUUAAGUGGUCCCUAUAGGGGAUUUCAAAUUUCAUUCAAAAACGUUUAUUAAUUUAAUUUUUGCGUUCUAAUGCUUUUUCGCAUAGAGUUCAUAAAAAUCAUCGAUUAGCAUGUCCCCUAUAGGGCCCACUUUUGCAAGCUUUUGUGGACCCUAUAGGGGCUGCUAAAGUGGCCUCUAGAGGGGACCUCCAAGAGCCCCUGAGGUUGCCCCUAUAGGGACCACUCUGGAGAUCCUAAGUACGUCGUUUUUAUGACUUUCUUUCAAUUUCACGCUAAUUGAACCAGGGUCAAGAAUAAUUUGCGAGCCGUUCUUUUUCGAAUCAAAAUUUUUGCUGUACUGAUAUAGCAUGUCCCCUAUAGGGCCCAUUUUUUUUAACUAUUUAAACUAAUUUCGAGGAGAGAUGGAAAUUUAGGUAAUUGAAUUUAUCUUGAAGGUACAAUCGUUUGGCGCGACCGACAAGGCGAGCCAACGAUACGAUAGAAAUCGAGUUCAAACUGCGUCUGGAUCAGAUCGUUGAUGUGCACGAGAAGGACCAAGUGCUCACCACCAAAGGAUGGCUCAUCCAUGUGAGGCUUCUUUGUUUUGUUCUUUCACUCAAGGGACCCCUUUACCAACCCCUAUAGGGGCUACAAAACUUGCCAAAGUGAUCCUAAUAGGGUUUAGUUAGUGGCCCCUAGAAGGAACAUGCUGAUCGAUAAUUUUUAUGAACUUUAUGCGGAGAAGCAUUUCCAUGCGAAAAGAAAAAAAAUGAACGACCCCUGUAGGGACCACUUAAGUUUUAGGGGCUGAGGAAUCAGAUCUCAAUUCCCUAUAGGGAUCACCUUGAUUUUACCCCUAUAGGGACCACUUUUCGGUCCUUAUAGAGGCUGUUAUUCCCCUAACCCCUCUAGGGACCACUCUAAGUGGACACAUUAAGAUACCCUCCCGGUUCGCCUGUGUCAAUUUGAAAACACACUUUUAGAAAGAGAUAAAAAAGAAAUACAAUGAAUUUUCCUGCCCAACCUCAACCUCUGUAGAGUUGGUACGAUCCACGACUCUCGUGGAAGCCUCAGGACUUUGGCAACAUCACUCUGAUGCAUUUUCCCGGCGAGAUGAUUUGGCUUCCUGACGUCAUACUCUACAAUAAGUUCAAUGGAAAAUGCUCCUUUCGUUGUAAGACCUCGUUUCAGUGCUCAUGGAAGCCCUUCCGUUUUUCAAAUCACACAGGCUCACGUUACUUACGACGGUCGGGUAGUCAGUUUCUCAUAGCUUUCAGGCUCUUUCCUGAAUUUUUGUGCCGAAAAAGCUCCAGUUCGCGAUGAUUUCCAAGAAUUUCCAACAUAAUAAAAUUUUAUAAAAAGUUUUUUUUCUCAGACCUGGGUCCCACCGGUUGUUUAUUACUCCUUGUGCAACAUAGACAUCGAAUGGUUUGUUUGAUUUAUUCUUCACUACAUUGUUCUGUUUUCACGAAAAUAAAUUUUUAUAGCUCAUUCCGCCCCAGCUUGUCACGAUUUUCGUUUUCCUCUGAGCCCUUCCCUUCGAUGCGCUCGAUAUUAUCUCGUCCUGCGCCUUUAAUACAACGGAAAUUUUAGACCAAAUAAUAUACGUAGGCGUGACAAGCUGGCGCGGAAUGGCCUAUUACACCUAACAAGAUAAAGUUUCAUCAAAUUUCAACUGUUUUGAUAGAUUUCUUCCAAGAAAAAAAAUUGCAAAAAUAAUUUUCGUCAAGAGGAUUCGAACCCUGACCAUAGUCUCCGCAGUCCUGGCCGCUAGCCACUACACUAAUCGGCCAACUGAAAGCGAAGACUCGCGCGAGAGACAUUCCUCCCUGCAGAUUUUUGAGACGGAAAAUUUGAAAAAAAUUCAGCAUUUUUUUGAGUACAAGGCUCAAAAUUCUAUAAACUGAAUUUUCUCAAUAGGUACCCGUACGAUAUUCAAAAUUGCGAGCUCAAGUUUGGCUCCUGGACUUUCAGCGGUACUCAACUGAGUCUGAUUCACGUGAGGUUGCUCGGUCUCACUCAAUACAAAGAGUUCUUCAGCUGAAAACGGAUGAAGCCAAACUGGAGAAGGAGGAUGACCACAGCGUCUGGAAAGUUGAGCGAGGUGUCGACCUGGCUCAGUACCAGGUUGGUCGUCUUCUCAUUGAAUUUUGGAGGUCGUUACAGGAGUCCGUCGAAUGGGAUCUUUUGUCGGUGAACGGGGUUCGUCAUGAAAAGUGGUACCCCUGCUGUGACUAUCCGUGAGUGCUUUUUUAAUUUUUAAGGCCUGAGAAAUGCUGCAAUCAGAUCAAUCGAUAUAACUUACCACCUACAAAUCAGACGCAAGAAGCUAUUCUACACGGUGAACAUGAUGAUUCCUUGCGCGUCGCUGGCGACACUCACCGCAUGGGUCCACAGUCUUUCCGUUUGGACCAUCUUGUUCGGUUUCAGGUGUUCUACCUGCCUUGCGAAAGUCAUCAGAAGAUCCAACUGUGUAUUUCGAUCCUCGUGUCUCUCACAGUCUACUUCUUGAUGCUGGCGAGCACGAGGUUCUGGAGCUCUUUGACUUUUUUUGUUGGCUUCAGAUCGAAGUGAUACCUCCGACGAGUAUUGUCACGCCUCUCAUUUUGAGAUAUCUCACCUUUACUAUGAUGAUGGUAACCCUUUCUGUCGGCUUCACUGUCUUUGUGAGAUUUUCUUUUCUUUUUUGUUCAUAUUUUUCAUUUUAAGGUACAAAAUAUACACUAUCGUACGGCCGAGUAUCCCAUGUCAAAGUUAAUAAGAAGAGUUUUUAUCGAUAAACUAGGAAAAAUGCUCCUUAUUUCUCGAGAAACUGAGAUGGCUCAGUUUCACCGGGAAGCGCAACGGAAAAAAGUGAAGAUUUAGGAGCUUCAGAGUGAUCCCUCUAGGGGUUAGGGGUCGAAAUAGUGCUCCCUAUAGGGCAAGGAGGUCCGCAUAGGUGUUUAGAAUCUGACCCCUUAGCCACUUUUGCAAGCUUUAGUGCCCCUAUAGGGUUUGGCAAAGUGGUCCCUAGAGAGGACCCUCCAAGGAUAUCUAAGAUUGCCCCUAUAGGGACCACUCUGAAGUUCCUUUCCAACUAUAUAAUGGAGUUUCAAGGAAAUAAACGCUCUGUCAGCGAUGGCGAUUCUCGAGAAGCAGUUCCAGAAGACUUUAUUCGAUAUCGAGGUCUACAAAACAUUUGUUGAAACAUAAAUAUAUGGUAGAAAAAAAGUGGAAAACUAUCGAAACCCGAAAAAGAACUUCGUACUUGUAUUUUUACGGUUUUUCACCGGAACUUCAAAAACUUUUUUUCUUUUUUUUUAAGAGUUUCUUUUUUUAUUACAUAUUUUUUUAUAAUCUAAUAUCUCCAAACGAUUCAGUUUCUCACAAAAAUAUAGCUUAAAAAUGGUUCAAAGAUUGUCAUGUAGAUUUCCUUCGCAGAUGGCGACGAAGGCAAAGAGAUCAUCUGGGGUGAAUUCGCUAUUUCUCGAACUUCCGAUGAUGAAUCGCUCCAAGUCUGUCAAGAUCAACAACCGCAAGUCUUCCGUCAAAGUUAUCAAGUUUGUCGCUUCAAAAUCUUGGACUUUCGGAAAUUCAGAAACCGAGUUCGACGACUCCUCAGUACGGAUGCACAUCAAGGACCACUUCUCGAAGACAAGUUUAUUUUGAAUAGUAAUCAUUUUCAAAAAAAUCUCAGAGAAAAGACAGAAGACACUAUUGAAAAGCCGGAAACGAUGAAAAACUCCGAUUCUGUGCGAGAAAAGCUGCGGAAAGCCGAGCGGAACGUCCACUUCAUCGCCCAAACUCUGAUGAAACAGAGAAGACUACAAGAGGUUCGAUAACCUUAGGAAUUUCAGAGUGGUCUCUAUAGGGGUUAGGGGAAAAAAAGUCCCUAUAGGGGCCAAAAAGUGGUCCCUACAGGGGCAAAAACAAAGUAGUCUCUAUAGGGGUUGAGGGUCUGACCUCUUAGCUCCCUAAGCUUAAGUGGUCAUUAUAGGGUUCGAUCAAUUUUAUUCAAAAAACGGUUAUUUAUUCAGUUUUUCCCCAUGAAAAUGCUUCUCCGCUUAUAGUUUAUAACAAUUAUCGACUAGCAUGUCCCCUAUAGGGACCACUUUUACAAGCUCUAGCGGCCCCUUUAGGGAUUGGUGAAGUGGUCCCAGAGAAGACCCUGGAAGGGCCCCUAAGGUUGCCCCUAUAGGGCCAAUUUUUGCCAUCUUCAGUGAACACUAUAGGGGUUGGUAAAGUGGUCCCUAGAGGUGACCCUCCGAGGACCCCUAAGGUUGCCCCUAGGGACCGCUCUGGAAUGCCUUUCGAAUCGUAUUUUUUGAACUGUUUCUUUUCCUUUUUUUGACCCUAAAUGGAUGAUAGCUGAGAAGUGUAACAAUUGGGGAGCUCGUAAACUACUCUUAUUAUCUUUUUCCCUUCUCUGAAAGUUUCGAUUCUGUUUUCUCCAGUCAUUUUGCUGCACUAACCAGUUCUCAAGGUAAUUCCGUACCGGUAAUGGAACCUUGCUAACGUCAAUUGGUAGUUCAAGGCUUUGCUGAUAUGGGAGUAUCGAACAGAGUUCCCAUACACUUCGAUGAUCAACCUAAAAUAAUAAUUGAAAGUUCAAGAAAAAAGUGGAAAAUACUAAAACUUUCUAUUGAAUUAUUCAUGCUAGAACCUUCUUUGAAAAUGACAAAAAGUCUGUUAGGCAGAAGCGGACUGGCAGUUCGUGAGUCUGGUCGUCGACCGGAUCCUUCUCAUAGUUUUCGCCGCGAGCAUCGCCCUCGGCACGCUGCUCACCGUCGUCACGGCUCCGUCGAUCCGCGACACGCGGCCGCCCAUUUCUCCUUUCCACUGA